GUCCGAGUCCGGUCUGCAGCAGACGCAGUUAGCGGAAAACGACAUGACCAACAAACGGUUAAACUACUCGUUAGUAUAAAAACGGACAAUAUAAUGAACGUUUACCGGCUGGCUAUUUUUUUGGGAGCCUCAGUGUGCGUGUGUGACAGUGUGCAUGUCUCAGUGCAGAAGGAAAAGCAGUAUGCAAUCCUCUUCCAGUCCGUGGUCCUCUCGUGUCAGUACCAGACGUCCUCCGUCCAGCUCCCGGUGGUGCAGUGGUGGUACAAGUCCUACUGUCGAGACCACAUGCAGGAGUCCUUCUCCCUUUCGGAGACCCUGGGCAUCAAGACCUCAGCGCUGGGACCCAAGUCCCACCUGGAGUGCUCUGACAACACCCGCACAGUUCGGGUAGUGGCAUCGUCCCAGGGAGCCUCCAUGACGCUGGCUGAGCACUACAAAGGCAGAGACAUCAGCAUCAUAAACAAAGCAGACCUGCGUAUUGGGGAGCUGCAGUGGGGCGACAGCGGGGUGUAUUUCUGCAAAGUUGUGAUCGCUGAUGAUCUGGAGGGGAAGAACGAGGAUCAGGUGGAAUUACUGGUGCUUGGCAGGACAGGUGAGCAGCAAGAUCUACUCCCUGAGUUUGAUUUGGAGAUUAUGCCAGAAUGGGCGUUUGUGGGAUCUGUAGUCCUGGGCAGCAUCUUGCUCCUGCUGUUGUUGGGGAUCUGCUGGUGCCAGUGCUGUCCUCACUCCUGCUGCUGCUACGUCCGCUGCUGCUGCUGCCCUGACACCUGCUGCUGCCCACGACACCUGUAUGAAGCGGGGAAGAUGGCAAAGAGCAGACAGCCUGCUGCUCAGGUCCCUGUGUAUCCCUAUUACAUUCCCGGUAUACCUACUGUGGUCCCUGUGGCCUCUUCCUCUUACACGGACACAAAGAUCAACUCGAUCCCCUCAGUGGAGAAUAACCUGUCUGGAGCAGCCAGGAGCAUAUCAGAGCUCAGCUCGCUUCAUGAUGGAGGGACUACAGACUUCAGAAACACCUUUCAGGCGGUCCAGAUGAAAGCACUUCCACCUAUCGCAGACCUCGAUGACCUGUCGGUGCGGAGAGCAGCUCCACCUACACAAAGCCGAAGACUCAGACAAGACAGAAUUAACCACUCAGAUGAUGAACUGGACCGCAGGUGGAACUGCCGAUCGGAGAACCUGCAGAGAAAGACGUUGGGCAGAAGAGGGCGCACGGGCUCUCUGGAUGAGCUGGAGGAAUUCGCUCGGUCUUAUAGCGCACAUGGACGUCGGGGUGCGCCAUCAGACCGGCCUUAUGAGCGGGAUUACAGCCCUCCCAGGCGCUCCUAUGGAAAUGAACAUGAUGGCUGGGGGCGCCGCAGCCCGUCACCAGUACUGCAAAAGAGAAGGGACACGUGGGACAGUGAUCGCCCGUCUCGACUGCCCCAAAGCAGAGCCUAUGAUGACACCUUGCUCAACAGCAUGCUUGAGAGUAAAACGAGGGGCCGGGGAAGGGACAGAGGUGCUGGGAGGAUGGACGAGGACAGUGACACUCCCUCUAAAGGCAGCUCCAGAGGAAAGGGCAGCGAUAGUUAUUACAGCCGUUCACCUAGCAACCGCCCAGAAGAUGAGGACUCUUUGCCUCCGUACUCUGAGCUCGAGGCUGAGAGAUACCGCAGGGCUGACCAAACUACAGAGCGGUACCGCACAGCAGAACCUCCCAGAUCAGAGAGGUACAGGACCACAGAGGCAGCCAUGAAGCCCUUCUCUUACACCCGCCCCAACCAGGGAAUGUCCCACACACUGCAAGGGGGCAGAGAGGAGAGAGAAAGGAGCAGAAAUCUGAGCACUGCACUGAGCAGGGACUCACUCAUAGUGUGACAGGGUCUCCAGCCUGGACCCAGCACAGCGCUGCCAGCCUGUGCAUUAAAACUGUCCUGCAGCUGCGCAGGAGAUGCUAACUGUUACAGCUCCAACCACAGCAAGUCAGGCUCAUCUCACUGAAAUAACAUCACUGAAAAACGUCAGUAAUGAAUCCUGAGGAAAAAGUGGAUUUAAUAUUUGUGUUUUUGUACAUGCAUAUCAUAUUUUAUUUGUUUGUUUGUUUUUUAAUUUGUCUUACUUUGUAUUUCAAUGAUGUAACUGGACUCACACUGGUGCCAAGGACAGAUUUUGUAUUUUAUUUUUUUGUUAUUCAAAAAUUUUAGAACAGCAACCAAGCAGCCUUCAGCCUCCAUACUUCUCUACUACUCUGCAGCUCAGGUUCACUUUGUAUUUUUGCCUUUGCCUGUUGUUACCUGUGUUCCUGGAAAUACUGCGCCUUGAAUUUGUACUACAGAUUGCAAUUGCACUGCUUAAUAACUUUUUAAAUAAAGAAAACU